GAGAGCCGAGGCCGCGGGAGCGCAGACAGAAUGGCUCCAGCGAACCAGCCAAGGGACAAGAAGCGUGAGAGGGCAUGUCAGCAGUGGCCAGAAGAGGCAAAAUCAGCUGGGAAGAGGAAACGGGACUAUGGAGAAAGAGGGAAUGAGAAACAAGAAAAGAAGUUGUUUGUGAGAAAAACAUCUAAACCCUCAGGGAAAAUCGGUUGCAGUGGAGGUGGAUUUGUGAUGAGAAACAAGAGAGUCCUUUCCUCUCAGCUGGAGCAGCGAUGCAGUAUUGUUCAUUACGUCUACCAGAAAAUGCUGGGAGGUUCCAUUCAGGCACAGCUCAAGCAGCGAUUGGAGCGGGCUUUUCUGCAUUCUCUUUCCUCAUACUGCCUCUUUCGAAGAGCAAGUCCCUUUGACAGGAGAGUGACAUGUCUGGAAUGGCACCCAACACACCCCAGUACACUUGCGGUCGGUUCCAAAGGUGGAGACAUCAUCCUUUGGGACUGUGAAGUACUUGCUAAAACCUGCUUCAUAAGGGGGAAAGGGGCAGGAGAUUCUCUCGGAGACAUCAAGUUCAGUCCUUUUGAGGCAGAGAAGCUUUAUGUGGCAUCAGGUGAUGGCACCCUAAGUCUGCAGGAUCUUGAGGGCAGAGCGGUGCAGGUGAUCUCUCGUGCCCUGGACUGUGGCCAUGAGCAUCAUAAUGUUUGUUGCUGGUACUGCAGUGUGGAUGUUUCAGCAAGCUGCCGUGUAGUGGUGACAGGUGAUAAUGUGGGCAACGUGGUCCUGCUCAGCACUUCUGGUGAAGAGAUCUGGAAGCUGAAAUUGCACAAGAAGAAAGUGACUCAUGUAGAUUUUAACUCCCAGUGUGAGUGGAUGUUUGCCACAGCAUCUGUGGAUCAGACAGUCAAAAUCUGGGACCUCAGAAACAUCAAAAACAAAACAAACUUUCUUCAUCUGCUUCCACAUGAGAAACCUGUCAAUGCAGCUUACUUCAGCCCAACACAUGGUGCCAAGCUUCUGAGCACAGACCAGCACAAUGAAAUCAGGGUUUACUCAUCUUCAGACUGGACCAAGCCACAGCAUCUGAUUCCACAUCCCCAUAGGCAGUUUCAGCACCUCACACCUAUUAAGGCAACGUGGCAUCCUCGCUAUGACCUCAUUGUCGUAGGUCGCUACCCAGACCCCAAGUUCCCUGGGUACACGCUGAACGAGCUGCGAACUGUGGAUGUGUUUGAUGGAAACAGCGGCGAGAUGGUUUGUCAGCUCUACGAUCCAAAUGCUUCUGGGAUCAUCUCGGUGAGCUUAGUGCUGCAGCUGCAAGGGCUGUGAAUAACACUGCUCUGUCUCAGGGAAAGAGGUGUGGCUUAGAGACUAGAACCAUAGCCAAUUUACUUGUGACAGACUCAUGCUGUCAUGGAAUAUGGCUGCCAGCUAAAAUUGCUGAUUUGAGCAAGGCUAGUCCAUUGUCUGUUGUGGGGUUUUUGUGAUACUCUUAG